GUUUUAACGCACUCCGGAGCACCAAUACUCGAUUGCUACACCCACGCACCAGCCACGAUCGUUUCGGCCGCGAUUAGCGGGAGAGAAUUGACGUCUGAUGCCUGCUAUAUUCCGCGAGUCUCGUGUCGUCGCACCAGCUUGCCUCGGAUAGUUUUCGGGAACGCCACGGUACGAUUCAGCGCCUGGUGUGGGGCGUGCAAUAGGCCCAGCCGCGCAGCGGAAUUUAGUAGUAUUCAUCAUAACUUAUAUCUGCCGGGGACACACGCAGGCCUCGAGACAAGGCGGCAGCUUGUAGAUCCGUAGAGAUUCUCUCCACAUUUCUUCGGGAUUUCGGCGACCCAUCAUGAUCUCCUCCCUAUCUCACAGCCCAUGAUCCAUAUUCGUCACCUCUCCAAGGACUCCUUGGAUUCAUUCAAUAGUGUUGUCGCAACCGACGACGAUUCACCAUCCACGCGCCAGCACGAUCGCGGUGGCUAACUGGCGUUGAUUGCACGAUCGCGCAUCAGUCUACGACUCUAGCUACGACUCUAACUACCUGGACGUAGCACCGAAUCGCUUCCAGUAACUUAUUCCUCCACCCAUCGUCGACCCACUCUCGCUCUCCGACCAUGCGGGAGGCUAAGCGUUUCGCGUCGUCGCUCUUCGCGCCGGGCAAUCCCCGCGCGCUGCUCUUCCUGCAGCUGCUCCUCGUGCUCCCGUGCGUCGUCAUCGUCGCUCUCCUCUUCUCCGUCCCGCGCGCAUACAAGCCCUCCAAACCCGGCCUAAUCUCCCAGCGCUUCGCCGCAAUCAACGCCGAGUUAGCCACCGUCGCCGAGCCGGCCGGUGCCGCUGCCGCCGGCGGGACGGACGGCGGCGGCGGCGCCGCUGCAGCCGCCGCCACCGCCGCCGCCGCAAUGCUGGCGGCGAAGCAGCAGGAGCCGGUGCAGGCGAUGGAGGUACACGUGGCGGUGUCAGACCCGAAGGCGCGCAGGGAGGAGGCGGCGCGGAAGCAGGCGCAGGCGGAACGAACGCGGCGGGAGCGGCUGAGCGCGCUGGUGCGAGGCAAGUCGUCUUGCGGAUGCUUCCAAACGGUCACAGGCCCCGGGGGAGCCUUUCAUGUUCUCUGCACCUGCGAUCUUCUCUGCUGGGACGGCCGUCAGCUCAUAGCUCAGACCGCCAACCCCCAGGCGCCCAUCCCCUGCAAGCACCUCACCUCGGACGUCGCCUUCGGGACACCCAUCACAGCCCUCGAUUGCCGCACCAAGAUCAACGGCCAGGAUCCGCUCGACCUGGUCCGUAAAGCUGGGGAAUUCCGGCCGAUCGCCACCCGGCCGUCGGAUUGGAUCGCCAAGAGGAAAGGGCCGGUGGCAUGGCGGCUGGGCCGAUCGUUUAUCCAAAGAAUGGAGGCCAGCACAGAGGACGUCUCGGCCUUUGUGGCGCGCUUCUUUCCCAUUCUGCUGGUCAACAACGCGACGGUGCCUGGGCUGCUGCCACCCGUGCACCGGUUUGUGUUCCCCAGGGACUCGUACUACCGUGCUGUGCUCAAGGGGUUGGGGCCCGACGGGUUCCAGGUGGGCGUGCUAGAGCAGCUGUUGGCAGCGGCAUUUGAGUCGAGUAGUACUGGUGGGAAUAGCAGCUCUGCUGCUGGUGGUGAUGGUGAAGCAGCAAGCAGGGAGUGGGAGAGAGCCAAGCUGGUGGAUCCCCAGGAGCCGGGGGCAGAGAGAGCGAGUGUGGAGGACGAGGGGGGCCGCAAGGUGGAGUUUGAGGGGCAGUGGGCGGCCGCCACGGAGGAUGCGCCCAUGUGCUUCGAACAUGUGGUGCUGCCGGGCGUGCUGGAUGGGACUAUCUACCCCCUGGGCCGCAUACAGGCUGAGCUUUUCCUACAAAAGGUCGAUGCGAAACUAGGUUUGGCUGGUGCUGGUGGUGCUGCUGAUGCUACUGCUCCUGCUUCUGCUGCUGCUCCCGCGUCCUCAGCGUCACCGGAACCAACGCCUGCAGCGACCACCACAGCAGCGGACGCCGCAACCACUGCCCCUCCCGACGCCUCAAACCUCGUGUUCGUCCGGCAAGCAGACGCAGCCGUGCGGUCACUAGUCCCCGACAGCCACGACCUUCUCAUCUCCACCCUACGGACCAAGCUAUCCUUCACUGUGUCCGAGGCAGCCAUGCGCGACACCUCCUUCGCCCGCUCCUAUACCGCCAUCCGCCGCGCUGACAUCAUCCUAGGGCUCCAUGGGGAAGAGCUCGCUACAGCCGCUGCCUUCGCCAGCCGGGAAACCCCCGUGGUGGAGAUCAUGCCGUUUCAUGUGUACUCGCCGCGGUUUGAGUCCCUCGUGCUGUCGUCUGGUCUGCCGUAUCUGCAGCACCAGUGCCACCCGGGUCCCUUCUGGCCGCUCAACCCGGCUGCUGCUGACGCUGCAAAGCGCCCCCCUGCUGCGGCGAGCCAGGGGCUGCCUGGUGCCGUGGUUGAGGAGGCGAAGACAUGGGCGGAGGCAGAUGUGGCUUUUCUGAAUGUGACUGUAGCGGAUUGCUUUGCGGAGAGCAUCAAGGGGGUGGGCGGGGACGCGGCCCUGGGGUGCCGGAAACAUUUUCUGAGAGACCGGCCGGUGAGACUGUGGGAGGAAGACAUAGGAGGGAUCUCUGUAUUGUUGUCCCUUGCACGGAAUAUCUCCCAGGCUGCCACUACUGGGAAGAUCAUUGUUCAAGGCCCUUCCUUGUCAUCAGCUUCUUCCGCUUCGUCUGCUGCAGUUUCUGCCCCUCUGACGGCAUCUGAUGAGGUGGCGGUGGGGGUGGUGAUGCAUGGGGCGUUGGAGGGGGUGUGUGCGUGGCACGGGCUGGACCUGGGGUACUGCAGACAGGACUUUGUGCAGCUGCCGCUGGGGGGGGAUGGGGAGGUGGUGCUGUCCUUUGGAGGGGUGUCAGGGGAUGCGGGUGCAGGUGCGGUUGCAGGGGCUGCUGCUGGUGCUGCAACAGUGAAUGGGACUGAGUGUGUGGUUGCUAGGAAAUGCUGGAAUUCGGAGGGAUGGGUGCAGGCAAGGUAGGGGGGGGGGAGGAGGAGGAGUGGUGAGUAGAUAGUUACCGCACCUGAGGAAUGAGUAGUAGGCUGUGGAAGUGGAGGGAAGGAAUAUGGGGAGCAGGCAGUGGCCCUCAUUCGGUUGCUACUACUGAUUGUAAAGGCUUCCAUAAUGCCAUGCCAUGCUACGAGUGUCAUCAUGUGGAGGUGAUCUGAUAUGACUAUGGGAUGGGAUGGGAAGCAUGUAGCAGGAGCGAGGAAUGGUGGAACAGUGUGCUGUGCUGUGCUUUCCACAAGCAGGAUGGGGUGGGGUGGGGAAGGAAUGCUGAGUUGGCAGUCAAUGCUGGUUGGCAGUGCUAGAGAAACACUAGGACUGCUGUUGUUCAGCCAGCUCAGCUGCCACUGGGGCUGUUUUCCUGGGGACUUGGUUGCGAACUCAGCGCAGUCAGUACGGUAGUGAUAUGCAUGCAGAAUGCAGAUCAAUACAAUUGGUUUUCCUUC